GGCCAACCAAGGCCAAUGCAACGUCCGGUGGAGAUCAAAAUACAAAAUUCCCCGUCGAAUAACUGAUCAAAGUUCGUACAGCCGUCAUUUGAGGUGUUUCCUGCCGAGAGUAAGUACAGCUCUUAAUUUUCUCGUCGAGAAGAAGCAGGACGCUGUUGCGAAGAUGUCGAGCAAGCACAGAAAAAACACCAGUGUCUCGCUGUCAAUGAGCAACUUGUUGGAAGAACCGCUGCAGUUUGCGGCGGUUCUGAUUAUGACGACUUUGUUCAUCUUUGCUCACACUCUAGGCAUUCUUUUUUCGAUUUAUGUUCUCUUAACACCCUUGUACGGCUUUAUGGUGAUCUAUUUGCUAUGGACAUACUGCUUUGAUAUGAAGACGCCCUCUAAAGGAGGCCGAAGAUACGAGGCAUUUCGAAGGCUUAAAACCUGGGAUUAUUUUCGCGAUUACUUUCCAGUGCGACUCAUUCGCACAAAGAGACUUGACCCCAACAAAAACUACAUUCUAGGAUACCAUCCACAUGGAAUUAUGUGCGCUGGAGCUUGGGCUAACUUUGCUACCGAGGCCACUGGUUUUAGUGAUCUCUUUCCCGGGAUUAAGUCUCAUCUUCUAACUCUAAAAUGUAAGUCACAUAUUUAUCUUUUUAAAUUUUUUUAAUUCCUUGCAUGCUAACGCAUAUACGAUUUAGAUAAUUUCAUACUGUACAAGUAAACUUUACGAAGCCUCCCUCGUUCACUCUUUGUACAUCUUGCGAGUGCAAAGUACAUGUCAUGCACCUAUUCUAUUGAAAGGUCAACAGCCUAUGCAAAAGAUUUUCAAUUGAGAGCAUUGUUUAGAGAUAACUCAAGUGUUUGAUAUGUAUGUAUAUUUUAUUAGUCAUUGAUUUUGCAGUGUACUUACUUCAAAACAUCUCGCUUUUUCAACUCUGGCAAAUUGUUCUUUUCAUGACGUAAAUAACACGUCUGAAAUUGUAUACCGCAUCCCUAUAAACAGGAAACGAAAGUCGAGCUAAGUCUGCAAGCUAAGCUUUCAUCUCUCUAUUUAAAGCAAAUAGAAAAUUAAGCUCACACUGGUAAACGCAAUUUUUGCAGAUAAGUACCUUGCCAUAUUAACGAAAUUCAAAAUUUAUAUUUAAAAGUCAGUUUUAAAGAAAGAAAGAGUAAAUUUUGAACUUUCAAGGCUAUCAAACGUAUUUGAAAGUUGUUGCAUGCACCACCCCGGAUGAAUGAAGUGUGUGAUGUAUCACUUUACAGUCGACCCUCUGAAUGGAUCAGGAAGGGAUUACCCUGUGAGCAACUAGAGAGGCCCUUCCAUCUUUUUUAGGGAGGGACCAUCAGAAAAGUUAUCGGGGAUGGGGAUGGGAAGGUGAAAAAUAUUCAUGCCAGGGAAAAUUAACUAAAGAAAGGGAAAAGGGAAAUGUUAGCGAAAAAAUAUUUAUGCAGCUUUAAAAUUCCCACCCCGGUCAUAACUUUUCUAAUUGUCCACCCCUUAAAGGGCCAGGGAAGCUCUGCUCACAUGCGUGGUGCUACUUUUCAGAUAAAUCCUCUUGCACGCUGAAGUAAUGAUAAUUUAUUGUUGAAUACAUUAUGCUCAUGUUUGCAAGUCAUUCUUAUUCAUUGGAUUCAUUACUGUUAUUUUAUUUUUAGUGAUGUUUAAGUUUCCCCUUUGGCGUGACUUUAUCAUGGCUGGAGGUGUGUGCGAUGUCUCAAAAGAGAGUAUCCGCCACAUUGUUACAAAGCAAGGUACCGGUAAUGCAGCGGUGAUUGUAGUUGGAGGGGCAGCAGAAUCUCUUGAUGCCCGUCCAGGCUCUUACACUCUGACCCUCAAAAACAGGAAAGGAUUUGCAAAGAUGGCUCUUCAAACAGGGUAAGGAGAACAAAAUAAUAUUUUCCUUAGUGUUUAGUUUCAAUACUUUAUUCCUCCCAAAGUAAAUUUAAGAACAAAUCUUAUUCUUAAUACCCUUACUGUAUUUCUUGUUCUGAGAACUGUGCAUUACACAUUGAAUAACAUUUAAGGUUGUCACCUGGAAAGUACAAAAAAAUGGCCAGUUCAUGCACAUAAUUUAAAGGGAUUGUAGAAUAUUAAAAAGGUGUUCUUUACUUUUUUCAAAGAACACAUUCUUGUUUUUUCAGCUCUUAUUUUCCUAGUCAAAGAGCACCCUCCUGGUGUUUAAGAGGUGUCAGGGUUAAAUUCUGUCUGGAGCUCAAAAUUUUUUCUUUGUAGUAAUUACUCCAUCUUUUUCCCCCGAGGACCAAACUUAAAAUUUGCGCUGUCUUUAUUUAUCAUUGUGUAGUUUGUAUUUAGUCGUACAUGAAACUAAUUUCCCUUUUUAUAUAAAUUCCUUUGUAGGGCAUAUCUUGUGCCAGUGUUUUCUUUUGGUGAAAAUGAAUUAUUUAACCAAGUCAGUAAUCCAAGAGGUUCACGGCUGAGGGCUUUUCAAGACAAGCUGAUGAAAAUAUUAUCCUUUGCUCCGCCUUUGUUCUUUGGUAGAGGCAUUUUGCCAAGAAUUAUUGGCAUCAUGCCGCAUAAGAGACCGGUCUGCACUGUAGGUAUGUACUACUGAAGUAGCAGUCACAGGCAGAUUUAGAUGAAAAUAAUUGUAUUAAAAAGUUUAUAAGAAUUCUCUGUAAAAUCUGUGGUCUAGAGACUUUAUUGUGGUCCUAGAUGCUGUCGAUACAAAAUCAAUAAUAGUAUUAACAGCUGGCAUUAAAUCUCCAUGCCUCAUGAUCCUCCUUCUGAAAUUUCUGAAUUCUUUAUACUGUCAAUCUUCUAGUAUGUGACCUCCCCUAAAUAACUGCUCCUUCAUCAUUGAGAGGUGCAACAUUCCUUGAAUCCCUGAUAGUUUUCCUGUGGACAGAUUUUCUCCUCUAGGGUAACUUUGUGUCAGCCUGUGAAAGUUAUUUUAGUUAUUUUGGUUCUNUAUAUAAAUUCCUUUGUAGGGCAUAUCUUGUGCCAGUGUUUUCUUUUGGUGAAAAUGAAUUAUUUAACCAAGUCAGUAAUCCAAGAGGUUCACGGCUGAGGGCUUUUCAAAACAAGCUGAUGAAAAUAUUAUCCUUUGCUCCGCCUUUGUUCUUUGGUAGAGGCAUUUUGCCAAGAAUUAUUGGCAUCAUGCCGCAUAAGAGACCGGUCUGCACUGUAGGUAUGUACUACUGAAGUAGCAGUCACAGGCAGAUUUAGAUGGAAAUAAUUGUAUUAAAAAGUUUAUAAGAAUUCUCUGUAAAAUCUGUGGUGUAGAGACUUUAUUGUGGUCGUAGAUGCUGUCGAUACAAAAUCAAUAAUAGUAUUAACAGCUGGCAUUAAAUCUCCAUGCCUCAUGAUCCUCCUUCUGAAAUUUCUGAGUUCUUUAUACUGUCAGCCUUCUAGUAUGUGACCUCCCCUAAAUAACUGCUCCUUCAUCAUUGAGAGGUGCAACAUUCCUUGAAUCCCUGAUAGUUUUCCUGUGGACAGAUUUUCUCCUCUAGGGUAACUUUGUGUCAGCCUGUGAAAGUUAUUUUAGUUAUUUUGGUUCUCAGAUGUGCUUGGUUGACACUGCAUUUCUUUUAGUAAAGUUAUGUGUGUAGUUGCUAAUGUGUGUCACAUAAUUUGUUACCCUUUAGUUUGUAUUUUUGUAUUAUAUUUUCCUCCAUUCAGUUACCUUUUAGUUGUUCAGUGAAUCUAAUGUUUUGAUUCCCUUUCAGUUGGCGCUCCAAUCCCAGUAAAGAGAGCAGUCACAAAUCCCAGUGCUCAACAAGUCAACAGGCUCCACAAGAAAUAUGUCCAAGGACUUAUAAAUCUGUUCGAGGAACAUAAGCACAGAUAUGGCUUGGCAAGAAGUGUCAAGCUAAGAAUUGUCUAGUUGAUUGGUAUGGUAAAAUUAUUGUCAGAUUGACUUUAAGAAUCAAGAUUUAUUAUUAAAUAUUUAAAUGCCCUUUUUUGUAAAAAUCUGUAAAAUUUUUGAGAGAAAAGACUCAAGCAGUAGGUUUUGCUUCAAGUUAUUUCAAGCACUGACCAGCUCCUGGUUGUUCCCAUAUAACAGCUUGUUCAAUAAUAUGAAUAAAUUCAAUAAUAAAAAUGUUAAUAUAUUGAUGAAAGCAGAUAGGUGAAAUUUAGGUGAAAUUCAUUUACCAAAUUGUUUUUCUUGUGUAUGCUUUUCUUUGUGAACAUUCAAAUGAUAGAAAGAUUAAUGAAAGUAAUAUAUAGUGAAUCAAUAUUCACCUCAAUAUUUAGAAGAUUAUUGUGAAGUUCUGAGUUACUGGUUUGGUUUAUUGAAAGUGGUUUGCAUUAAACAAUCUUCAAAUGCAAGCUUUGUGCCAUUAUUUUACUUGUUUCUCUUAUCUUUUAUUAUGAUCCCUUAACUUUCAACGUGCCCCUUCGUAGUAGUUUCAUAAAUGAAAAAAAGGAAACAGACUUUAAACUCUCCUGUGUCCAUAAUUUUUGCCUGAGUAGGGCAGGGUGACCUCCAUGUUGGCCUGGGGUGUAAGGGUGCCUCAAAGGGGAGAAGCCCUGGCCCUGUUUAAAUAAAGAAGUCUAAACCAAUCAAUCAAUCAACAACUUUAUUUAAGUGUCUAAUCUUCUAGCUUGCCGUCAGGCCUACUAAUCGGGGACACAACCUUCUACAGUAUCUCACUAUCUUGUGUAGGACUGAACCCUGUUAGGAUAAUGAACAAAAUACACGCUCUUCCUUUCCUUUAACAAACUAAGGCCCUUUUGAGGACAAGCUCCCUGUCCUGUUCACCACAGAGAGCACAAAAUAAACCACACAUAGUCCAGGUGUGUCCAAUAGUGUGUCCAGUCUAAUCACUCCCUCCCCAAAGUAGAAACUGAACAAAGAACUCUUGCCGUUUUUCCUUAUUCCGAGUUAUUCCUCAUUCUUAUCCUACACGUAUGUAGGAUGAAGUCCAGUCAACCCCAUAAGAGGAAGGUAGUCCCUUCAUUUCCACAAUUAGCCUGCGAGCAGUCUCUUAUUUUCCUUGGCUAAGUUACUACACGCGAAACCUAAGCACGAGAGCGACGAGGCCGCUUGUCGCGAGAACCGAGGGCGUAAGCCCAAGAAGAAAAAAUGUCUUUCUCGUCUCGUGUCAGUCCCUAAAUAAUAACAUCGUGGUUUGCAAUCGCGCUGGAUGAGAUAAGAACUGGACGGAUUUUAAGAGAAUAGGCGGACCGCAAGCAGUCUAUUCCACAAUCCUUUUCUUUGACUCCCUGUAAAGAGGUACCACUCCCUCGAAACGCUCCCCCCCCCCGGAAGAUUACCAGUUCGUUCCCAGGUCUUUGUUGAGCCAACAACACGUGCACAGAUCACCGCGUUGAAAGAUUUUUUCAAAAGUUCACAGACCGGAAGGCCAUAGUCUAAUAUUACCAUGUAUUUUGACACGGUUUUUGUUCUUUGACCUCUGCGAAAUUCUUUGAUUUAAUUCGUUAUAAAGUAAGGAUUGCAUCGGGACAAGAUGCCGCUCGUUGAAUUUGCGCCUCUUCGCAUACCUCUCCAUCGUCGGUUGGAGACAGCAGCAGUUGCGUUGUACUAUUACUCGUUCUAUUUUGGCGCCCUCAUUGGCACUCUUAUCAUACUGGGAUUGUUUUUUACCUCGUACUAUCCUCUGGCCAUCCUUUACUUGUCAUGGGCCUACCUCAUCGAUGGACGUACACCCGAACACGGAGGACGAAGAUCAAACUUUAUAAGAAAACUGCGAAUAUGGAAGUACUUCAGAGAUUAUUUCCCAAUCGCUUUGGUUAAAACAUCAGAACUUGAACCAAGCAAGAAUUAUAUAUUUGGCUACCAUCCCCACGGUGUGUUAUGUGCCGGAGCCUUCUGUAAUUUCGCCACCGAAGCCACAGAUUUUACCAACGUUUUUCCCGGCAUUACUCCGCAUUUGUUGCCGCUUAUGGGUAGGUAUAGAAGGCUUCUUUAAAAAUCUUAUUUUGUCAGUGCAGAGUACAUACGCGGUCGAAUGCACGAAAUCAGUGGAACGUUGAGUGUUUUGUAGCCUGUCACGCAAGUGUCACGUAAUAUAACACAGAGGGUACUUGAUCACGGUGUUUUAUUGAACUGAGGAGUGGAAACCUUUUUUAGACACUUUUCCUGCUUGACAGUUUAUAGAAAUGGUGAGUAAUGGGCGGAGAAACUCCAUUAUAAAAAAGGCAUGCUUGUUGGAGAAAAAGAAUUAAACCUCUAUUAAAAGGAGGCUUAUCCGGGCAUGACUCAGGCCAUACUCCAAUGUGAACACCUAAGUUUUGUUUGAAGAUAUUUCUGUAAAAAUAUUGGCUUUCCAUCCUAAACACCUCAAGUAAGACGAAAAUCUGCAAUUUCUACCCCAAAGCAAGAUGACAAGCAUCCCUAUCAUUUUCACUUAGGGUACCCCCUGUCCCCAGGACCUCUGGGAGGCUUAUAACCCGGGGGGGGAACUCCGCAUAUGAAAGGGGUGGGGGUGCUCGUCGGAAAAUUUGAAUUAAACCCCUAAAGGAGACCAAUCUGGGCGUGGCCCAAGCUUCUUUUGACCCCUGAAAGAGACCAUGUUAAAACACAGACAAAUGAGAAAACUUGGAUUAUAUGACUGGAGUAAAUAUAACGCAUUAAAAAUAUACAUAUCAAAUAUAUAUUUUUAAGUUUUUUUCGCGUGCAACCCUAAACGAGAUCUUCACGGCUAAAUAUGAUGGCGUUUUGCCCAGAACACGUAAAGUGAGACCGAAAUCCGAAAUUUACACCCCUAAGCAAGACGACGAGCAUCUCACCCCAUUUCAUAUGCGGAGUCCCCCCCCGGGGCUUAUAAUUUGCAAGAUGAUUUUCAACUUUGCCAGGUUUGAUCGCAAAGCUGAUCUUUGUAUCCUUUCCACUUUAAUUAAUUAGCCUUGUUCAAGCCACCCUUAUUCCGUGACUAUAUCAUGUGCAGUGGAAUGUGCAAUGUUACCCGUGAAAGUUGCGAGUACAUUCUUACAAAGAAGGGCCCAGGAAAUUCAGUGGUUAUUGUGGUAGGAGGAGCUGAGGAGGCAUUUGAUGCCCACCCAGGAACUUAUUCCUUGAUUCUGAAGCCAAGGAAAGGAUUCAUAAAACUUGCUUUGAGAACUGGGUGAGUCUGUUUAGAAGAGAAAUAAAUAAUCUUAAGAUUUGAACCUAGUGGACAAUAAGGGGAAAGCUUGCCAUCCAGAAAUGUCUCACUAUACAGUGGAACCUUGUCAUAUGACCAUCCUGUUUAAAUAACCACCUUGUUAUCAUGACCAUAUUCUUUCAACCCAGACAUAAAAAUCACUGAGUCAUUUUAUUACCUUAAAGACCCCGAUAAUGUGACCACCUCAUUAUUACAACCAGGAUUUUAUGGCCCAACAAUUGUUGCAUUAACAGGGUUCCACUGUGCAAAAAAUACUACCCCAAACAUGAGAUAAAUGGGGAAAAAAGAGGGCAAGGCCAGUAUUUAGCCAUCUUGACUGAACAAGCUUGGUAAAUGAAGAAUGAUGAUGAUAAUGUGGCCAAAGGAAAACGUUUUCUCAUGGAAAAAGCAGAAAAUCCCAAGCAGGCAAUUUAGUCGAUCAGAACACAGGGUUCUUCUUCUAGCCAGGGUUCUUUCCUGUUUCGCAGGGAGAAAGAGAAAAGGAGAGGGUCUCUUCCUGCGAAACAUUUGUAGUGGUGAGGAGAGACAGCUGUAUUCACAGGCCAUUUCCCUCUCUUGCCUGUGCUUUGUACUGUAAUUCCUACAGUACAUUAUAGAACCUGAAAAAGUGGUUUAAAUUCAAUACCAAAAUAUAAUAAUUUAAGAUGGAAAAGGGUGUAAUGUAUUGAGAGUACAAUUUGCAGGUGUGAAGGUUAGCACCUUCCAGUUUAAAGCCUUAGAAAACAGCCAACAUUUCAUGACACCACCACUAGUUUCACCAUGAAAUGAUAUCUGAGAAAUGAGUCCAGAAAUUCCAUACUGAUGACAUGUCACUACCCAGAUCUGGGUUCUGCUUCCUUCUGAUUGGCUGAAGCUUUCAGCUAAUCAGAAGCACUCAUUUCUCAGAUGUUAUUUCAUGGGGAAACCACUGCAAAGUGUUAGCUGUUUUCUCGGGCUACUUCCCAAUCAGUCGCUUGCAUUAUUGCACCUGCAGCUGCAAAUUAAAUGCAGUAUCUACAGUAUAAAUUAUGUUGGAACUCUGUUGUAUUUCCAGAGCUUCGUUAGUUCCAGUAUUUGCGUUUGGCGAAAACGAUGUAUUCAACCAAGUCAAUAAUCCAAGGGGAUCAUGGUUGCGAGAUAUUCAGCUGAAAAUACAGAAGAAGGUUGCAUUUGCCCCGGUUCUUUUCCAUGGCCGGGGAAUUUUCCAGUACACAUUUGGUUUUUUGCCACACAGAAAACCAAUAAAUGUUGUUGGUAGGUGAUACUGUGAAGUAAUAUUUCCUUAAUAGAACAAUUUACUGGUAGAUAAUAUUAUAUUGUUCCUAGAUCACAAAUCACAGAAGUAAUAGCUUGCUUGAUCAUAAUAAUUUAUGCAAUAUAAGUAUCAAUUUAGGUGCUGGGGAAACUGCCCACCUACCCCUCUCCUAACCCAACGUUUUGCCCUAAGUGAGAAGUAUGUGUUAUAAAUGUUGACUUGGGGGAGGAGUAGAUGGGCAGUUUCCUAGAAACCUAAAUUGAUCCCAAUAUAAUAGUACUUAUAAACUGAAAUUGAGGUCAUUACAGGGAAAUCUCAGACCAAGGCCUUGAUAUGCGAGGUUAAUAAGUUAUUUAUUAUAUUCUACAGUAAUUCGACCCCAAGCUUUUUCAGUUGCCCAGAAUGUUCCAAAAUGGCAGCAAAGCAUAAAUAAACGUUCAUUUUCUCAUGGAACAGUCUAGUCUGUACCAACAAAUUCAAAUACCUUUUGAGGGACCCCCUUUCUUGGACCCCCUUUCUUGAAAAAGAGAGAAAGACCCUCACUGGUCAAUUCCUAGACUAAACCCUGCAUCCAGCAAGGUGUUUUUGUCCCAUAUUACCAUUUCCCUGCAAAUUAAUGGGCCCCAUUAAUGCACUGGGAAGGGAUGCUCUUCAGAGAAUUGGAAUGGUACCCUUUAAUGAGACAGCUUGUGUGUAAGAGACUGCUUUUAGGGAGUUAAUUUUUAUAAACGUUCUUAUAAUCUUCUUAUCCUUUGCAGUUGGGGAACCUAUUUCAGUAACAAAAGUGGACAACCCAACACCUGAACAAUUGGAUGACCUUCAUGCUACUUACAUUGACAGACUCAAAAAGCUUUUUGAAGAUCACAAAUCGAAGUACUAUGUUCCUGAAUCAACAGAGCUGGUUAUUUACUAAUAGCAUCAAACCUUUUUUUUUUGUUGGACAAAAAUAACUGUAUGUUGGAUGUGUUAAUGACCAGUACUGUGACAGUGAAGCUCAGGACUGGUUGACUUUGUACUCAUUGCAACUACAUAAAUGUUUUAGAAAUAUUUUUAGUGUUAAUGUUUAUGCAAAAAAUAAUAUGUAUUUGUUAGCAGAUUUACAUGUAUGAAUGGCAAUGGGCACUUUUAUACAAGAUUCUUAACUUGUAAAGUAAUAGUAUUUAACUGCUAAUAAGUUUUAUAAUCCACUUCCCUUGUGAUUUAAAUCAAAGAGUAGCUAUUUAGUGAUAGAUUAACUCCAUUUAUAAGUUAGAAAAGACAAAAUAUAUUAUAAAUAUUAUAAAAAAGUUGUUUUAACAUAUAUAUAAUAUUUUUCAAGUACAAAUUAAUGUGAUAGCUAAUGUCAAUUAUACCAUUAACUUUUAACCCAUUAUUUGAAAAUUUUUUAGUAGACUCCCCGCCAGAAAAGUGACCCCAUGUUAAUUGCACACAUGUAAUGCCUCGUAAUUAAUUUUUAUGAAUUGAGACAGUAUAAAAAAAAUUCUGUACAAAAUAAUAACAUUAACAUGUCAUUGCAUCAAAGGCAAUGUAAAUAACAAUACAGGUACUAGGAGAACCAUACUUUGUCUUUAAAAUAUAGUCAAUAAAAUAAUAAAAUAAGGAUUAACUAUGAGAGCUUUGUUGGGAUCUGUGGAUGAAAUCUUGUGGUCUUACCAUUUAAAUAAAUUAAAACUCUUCAGACAACAAGAUUCCACAUGGUAGAUGUCAAUGCAUUGCACUUAUAUUAGUUUUCUCAAUUUUACAGCAUAAAAUUGGAAGCUUUGCUCUGUAUGACUUAUAGUAAGCUUUUGCUACAUGUAGAAAUGAAAGUGUUCAUUGAAACGUGCAUAGUGAUCUGUAUAAUUUAUAGAUUCUUACACCAAUGAUCUGAAUGAUCUGACUGCAGAUCAGGCCAGUCUGACUGUUACUACCUAACACUGCCUGUUUCUGUUAAUAAUACCUUUUCUUUACAUUGACACUCAUCCCAUAUACAACAACCC